AUGAUGAAGAACAUGCAACUUUCUGAACCGAACGACAAUGAACAUAGUAAACAAGUUGUGCUUGCUGCGCUUGAUAGUAUUAUUGAGCUGUUGGACAUGGAUAUUCACUGUGACCUUAUUAUGCUUUAUUACAGGCAUCACAGCGUCUUUGGAAGACAAUCUGUAUCAGAUUUAGCUGUCGAUUACAUCUGUUCUACUCUUGGUUGCUCUCAAUCCACGCUCAACAUCAUUGAAUCCGACUCCGAGGGUCUCCCAGGCUAUGUUGCAGGUCUCUUUUCUUUCAAGAUGGAUGGUAUCGAACACUUUUGUAGUAAUCUAGGGCCAUACGGGAAAACCAUCCCACCUCGUACAAAGAUGGCUACUGAUAUGAAAAAUCAUGGAGCCUUGUUCGUAUUACUGGUGCAGAAUAGUUCUGUGUUUAUUACUUUGACUCAAUACGGCUUUGUUAAUGACUAUCAAUGCAUCCUCAUCGCCGGAGAGGACUUCCCCACGACUGAAAUCAUUAGUUUCACGAAAAAGGUGUCGGAGGAGUUGAAACUUCCUUUAUUUUGCCUUUUGAAUUGGGAUCCAGUGAACUUACGGAUUCUAUCGGGUUGUGGUGGUGCUGGACCAACCAAAUUGUAG